AUGUCUUCCUAUCAGUGCACUUUAUACGACGCUUCAGCCCCCCUCUUGAGCCAAACUUUCCGUCCAAGCGCCGCCUCAUUCCCCCAGUCAGGCAGCAUAUCAUGGGUCAAUCUCAUCGACAGCGGCGUCAGAGGCGCCAUCAGUGUCCUCUCACGGUACUCAGCGGGAGGCGUUGACCAAUAUACGGUCGUGGUAGGGCAACUGCUAUGCGCUCAUUUCAGACUCAACUCUCGAGCAAUGGUACGCUUGAAGGACGCAAUUAUGAACUUGAAAGCCGUGACAACGAUAGGCAACAUGCUGCAUUUCGGUUUCGGCGUUGACAGUAUAGUCCGCAACCUGGCAGCAACGGUCGAGGGCGGUACUCUUGUUGCUUUGUGUGCCGCCGCUACCGAAACAUUCCACUCAGAUCAAGCUGCGAAUAUCCUGUGGGAACUCGUUCGCAGCUUUGACCCGCCAGAACGACGGACUCCCUCGCCGAUGCAGUGGAAAGCGCUAUUGACUGCAUGCGCAGGGACGCUGUCCGAGACGAGCUUUCCAAGACUCGUGGAACAUUUCAUGCAAUUGCACUCGGAAAGCAAUCGCCUCAAUCUCGGUCGACCGACCAGAGACACGAGUCCAGAACUCCGCGGAGUAUCCAGCCCUGACAGCGUUGCGGAAGCGCUUCUUGCUAUAGGGAAAGUCUCGACCGGAGAUCUGGUUUGUGUGUCUGUCUUUGGCGGUCCAGAUGCAGGUUGGCUCGCGGCAGUGGCUCAAUGGAUAUUCGAUCUGAGGGUGGCAAUCUUUGACGUUGAUGGCGCACAAGUCCAUGCCACUUCGAUGCACCAGCACGCUCAAGUCCAAAUCCAUUUCACAGAGCCCUCGAGUGAUCCAGACACCACGACACUGUCGGUCAGCGGCCAGGUCUGCCGGCUUCGAGAUAUCACUGAGCUAUUUCACUUUGACGAUAACGAGUUUGGAACGGCACUGGUUUGCAGCCGUGUACCCUGGGCCAAUGCGCUGGCCCUCACUUUCGGAGCCGAUUUCAAGCGCCUCAUGGACUUACCGAGAGCUGUUGCAUCUGCUCUGAGCGCCGCUGGUCGCAUUUUUGCAGGCGUCGCCAAAUCACACAAGCCAGUCGUCUUGGACGAGCGCAGGCAUUGUAAGACUUAUUAUGAGGACGUUGUUGGUCGUGGGUUUUCAAGGUUUGCUACAAGUCUCUUCCCAGAACUUGCAGCUCUGACGAACCUAAUCAAUGACAUCACAAUCAACUCUCUGAAGGAAGCCUUGGAUCAGUAUGAAUCUAGUUGGGCUUUGAUCAAAAGGGGGUGCGAAUGUGACAUUUGCAAGUUAGGUGCCGAAGAAGGAAUGUUUGAGGAGAAGUUCUGCUUGGUUCUCCUGCUCGAGACCAUUAUUUUCAUUGCUCAUUGCAUGUCCGGCGUGUCUGCCCCUGAGAAUCUGUUGCCCAUGCGGAGCGGCAUCGAGGCACAGUACCGACGCCAGCUCAAACUGCAUGUCUCCGAGAAGCUGCAGCCUCGGAUCAGUACUUAUGGUGCUGCUGGCGCGAUUCUGGAGUUCAGCCCGGGUGAAUGCGAAGAGUGGAACAUCGAGGAGUCGGUGGCAAUUCCAAAGCUGAUACAUACCAUUCGGUUGUACACGGGCCGGGACAUUCGGAGUAGUGACCACGAACAAGUUGCAAUCAGCGUCGCGGGUAUUGUUGUGUUUCUCAACUCCUUGGUGGAGGGAUGCUUGCCAAUAGACCCCGAAUCGGCCGGACGCUGCACCGUCAUGCCGGGCCAUGUUGAGAUGUAUGGCAGACUGUACCACAGCCUCGAAGAUCUCAGCGACUUCGAUCUGCACGGGAUGGACUACCGGCGCCGGCGGAGGGGGGGUCAACCAUUUGACCCACUAAUCGAUGCAGCUGGAGUCACCGAACUGACGAACAAUUUUGACAGCGUGACAAUGAUAGCUCAGGAGCGACCGAAUGCAGUCAAAGUCGGCCUGUCCGUCCACGAACGCCAUGCGGAUCCCUCUGUCGCACGAUCAGUCAUCCUCGGUCCCGCAUCACUGAAUGAACGCGUGCUCGAAGCAACCGGCAUUGUCGAAUGUGAUGGGAGAUCUUGCGAGAGGAAAUACACAGUAUCGAGUCUUCUUGCGGGCGAUGAAUGCGUCAAGUUGAUCGAUGGCGUCGGAGAUUGCAAGGUGUGGCUAUUCUGUGGAAACGAUCUGAGUCGCCUGGUUGCGCUGACGCGGAUGUCGGACAUUCAGCCCAUGUUUUACAGCAUCAUGCAGUUUGGUGAGUGUCUAGAUUGCUGUGUGAAGGCGGCACAGCUGUCACAGUACGAAAACGCUAUCAUUAUCGCCAGGACUCGACGUAUGCUGGGAAAGCGCAUACGGGCUGAAGCGGACGAGGCGAAAAUAGGGGCCUCUGGAAAAUAG